AUGGGCUGCACCGUGAGUUUGGUGUGCUGCGAGGCUCUGGAGCCCGGGCCCCGCGGCGUUCCCCAGCCCCGUGGGAGCCCCCAGGUGCCUGCGCGGGCCGCGCACGGGGACCCAGGGUGGUCAGCCGGCGGCUCUGAGAGGAGGCGGCCGCUGCUUCAGCCAGAAGACCUGGAGGCUCCCAAGACACACCACUUCAAGGUGAAGACCUUCAAGAAGGUGAAGCCCUGUGGCAUCUGUCGACAGGCCAUUACGCGGGAAGGCUGUGUCUGCAAAGUCUGCAACUUCUCCUGUCAUCGGAAAUGCCAGGCCAAGGUGGCUGCCCCCUGUAUUCCUCCAUCCAGCCAUGAAUUGGUGCCCAUCACCACUGAGAGCACACCGAAGAAUGUAGUGGACAUGGGAGAAGGAUCCUCCUGGGGUGGAAACACGCAGAAAAACCUGGAGGAGGAGAGCUCCACCAGAGUCACUCCAAAACUUCUCCCCACCCCACCCCACCCCACUGCUUGCUGUCUCCUUAGAAACGUGAGCGUGACCCAGACCAUGGAGGACGACUGUGAGCUGGACCUGGUGUAUGUCACAGAGAGGAUCAUCGCCGUGUCCUUUCCCAGCAAUGCCAACGAGGAGAACUUCCGGAGCAACCUGCGGGAAGUGGCUCAGAUGCUCAAAUCCAAACAUGGAGGCAACUAUCUGCUGUUUAACCUCUCUGAGCGAAGAGCUGACAUCACAAAGCUGCAUGCCAAGGUACUGGAAUUUGGUUGGCCCGACCUGCACACCCCAGCCCUGGAGAAGAUCUGCAGCGUCUGCAAGGCCAUGGACACCUGGCUCACCGCAGACCCCCACAACGUUGUUGUCCUACACAACAAGGGGAACCGGGGCCGGAUAGGAGUGGUCAUCGCUGCCUACAUGCACUAUAGCAACAUCUCUGCCAGCGCCGAUCAAGCCCUGGACCGUUUUGCAAUGAAGCGUUUCUAUGAAGACAAGAUCGUGCCCAUUGGCCAGCCAUCGCAGAGAAGGUAUGUGCACUAUUUUAGCGGCCUGCUCUCCGGCGCCAUCAAGAUGAACAACAAGCCCUUGUUUCUGCACCACGUGAUCAUGCACGGCAUCCCAAACUUUGAGUCUAAAGGAGGUUGCCGGCCGUUUCUCCGCAUCUACCAGGCCAUGCAACCUGUUUACACAUCUGGCAUCUACAACAUCCCAGGAGACAGCCAGACCAGCAUCUGCAUCACUAUAGAGCCAGGGCUGCUGUUGAAGGGAGACAUCCUGCUUAAGUGCUACCACAAGAAGUUCCGCAGCCCAGCUCGAGAUGUCAUCUUCCGUGUGCAGUUCCAUACCUGCGCCAUCCAUGACCUGGGGGUUGUCUUUGGAAAGGAGGACCUCGAUGAUGCCUUUAAAGAUGAUCGAUUUCCAGAAUAUGGCAAAGUGGAGUUUGUCUUUUCUUAUGGGCCAGAGAAGAUCCAAGGCAUGGAACACCUGGAGAACGGGCCCAGUGUGUCUGUGGACUACAACACCUCUGAUCCCCUUAUCCGCUGGGACUCCUAUGACAACUUCAAUGGACAGCGAGAAGAUGGCAUGGAGGAGGUGGUGGGACACACACAAGGGCCGCUAGACGGGAGCCUAUACGCCAAGGUCAAGAAGAAGGACUCCCUGCAGGGCAACAGCGGGGCCAUCCACGCCACACGUCCUGUCCUCUCUGCCACCCCCAACCACGUGGAGCACACACUGUCUGUGAGCAGCGACUCGGGCAACUCCACAGCCUCCACCAAGACCGACAAGACCGAUGAGGCUGCUCCUGGGGCCCCUGGCGUCCCUGCGGCCCUGAGUCCUGAAGAGAAGCGAGAACUCGACCGCCUGCUCAGUGGCUUUGGCUUGGAGCGCGAGAAGCAAGGUGUCAUGUACCACAUCCAGCACCUGAGGUCCCGCCCAGCCGGGGGCUCCACUGAGCCCUCCACCUCCUCUUCCAGCCGACACAUUGUCCCUGCCCAGGUCCAUGUCAAUGGUGGGGCCUUGGCCUCCGAGAGGGAGACAGACAUCCUGGAUGAUGAACUGCCCAACCAGGAUGGGCACAGCGUGGGCAGCAUGGGCACGCUCUCCUCCUUGGAUGGCAUUACCAACACCAGUGAAGGGGGCUACCCUGAGGCCCUGACACCCCUGACCAAUGGCCUGGACAAGCCUUACCCUGGGGAACCCGUGGUCAAUGGUGGGGGCUACCCCUAUGAGGCUGCCAGUCGGGCAGCACCUGCCCAUGCUGGCCAUGCUGUCCCCGUGCGGCCCUCCUACUCCCAGGAGGGGUUUGCUGGCUACCAGCGGGAGGGCCCCCACCCGACCUGGUCACAGCCAGUGACCACCUCCCACUAUGGCCAUGACCCCAGUGGUAUAUUCCGCUCUCAGUCCUUUCCGGAAACCGAGCCCCAGCUGCCCCCAGCUCCAGCCCGUGGGGGCAGCAGCCGGGAAGCUGUGCAGCGGGGGCUGAACUCCUGGCAGCAGCAGCAGCAGCCUCGCCCACCUGCUCGCCAGCAGGAGAGCUUGAUGGCAGGCAGGCCCAGUCCCCAGCCACCAGCUGACACCCCCAGCCCCAGCCUGCCUGAAUUCCCCAGGGUGGCCUCACAGCGGGAGAUUGAGCAGUCCAUUGAGGCACUCAACAUGCUAAUGCUGGACCUGGAGCCAGCUUCAGCUGCUGCCCCCCUGCACAAGUCGCAGAGUGUCCCUGGGGCGUGGCCAGGGGCUUCCCCCCUCUCCUCCCAGCCGCUGUCCGGCUCCUCCCGCCAGUCCCACCCACUCACCCAGUCCAGAUCCGGCUACAUCCCCAGUGGGCAUUCUCUAGGAAGCCCUGAGCUGGUCCUUCAGGCCUCUCUGGAACCUGUGACCCUGUGCAGAUCUCACUCGCCUUAUGAUUACCAGCCAUAUACUGCUGGACCCAGCCAGGGCUUCCAGCCCAAGAAUUCAGCCUCUUCCUCCUCGUCUGCCUUCCUUCCAAAUGCCAGUGGCCUUUCGGGGCCUCAGCAGCCCCCAGCCUCUCUCCCUGGCCUCGCAGGUCAGCUUCAGCUCCCACCAAAGGAAGCCCAUGCAGAUCCCUCUCGAACUCCAGAGGAAGAGCCACUGAACCUGGAAGGGCUGGUGGCCCACCGGGUGGCAGGGGUGCAGGCUCGGGAGAAGCAGCCUGCUGAGCCUGCUGCUCCACUCCGGAGGCGGGCAGCCAGCGAUGGACAGUACGAGAACCAGUCUCCGGAAGCCACAUCACCCCGGAGCCCUGGGGUUCGCUCCCCUGUCCAGUGUGUCUCCCCUGAGCUGGCUCUUACUAUCGCCCUCAAUCCUGGAGGGAGGCCCAAGGAGCCCCACCUGCACAGCUACAAAGAGGCCUUCGAGGAGCUAGAGGGAUCCUCCCCAACCAGCACACCGCCCAGUGGGGUACGCUCCCCUCCAGGUCUGGCGAAGACCCCACUGUCGGCUCUGGGCCUGAAGCCUCACAACCCUGCGGACAUCUUGCUGCACCCCACGGGUGUCUCCAGGAGGUUGCUGCGACCAGAGGAAGAUGAGGGAAAAGUGGUGGCCAAGCUUCCGGAAGAGCCCCGUAGCUAUGUGGAAUCGGUUGCACGCACAGCGGUGGCUGGGCCCCGGGCCCAGGACCCCGAGCCCAAGAGUUUCAGCACCCCGGCUGCCCAGGCCUACGGCCCUGAUGUGCCCCUGCGGAAUGGAACCCCGGGUGGCUCCUUUGCCUCCCCCAGCCCUCUGUCCACCAGCAGCCCUAUUCUCACAGCUGACAGCACCUCCGUGGGGAGCAUCCCAUCAGGGGAGAACAGUGACCAGGGCCCCCGGACACCCACCCAGCCUUCGUUGGAUCCUGGCUUCCGUUCUGGCAACCUGGCGCAGCCCGGACUGUCUGGCCGGAGGAGCCACCAGAGCUCGUCUCCUCUCCCAGCCACUGUGGGCAGUGGCUACAGUCCUGACUACUCACUCCAGCAGCUGAAUUCGGCUCCGGAAAGCCAGGCACGGCCUCAGUUCAGCGUGGCUGGCAUCCACACGGUGCCAGGUAGCCCCCAGGCACGCCACAGGACAGUGGGCACCAACACUCCCCCUAGCCCUGGUUUCAGCCGGCGGGCCAUCAACCCCAGCAUGGCUGCCCCUGGCAGCCCCAGUUUAGGCCAUCGCCAUGUGAUGGGGCCACAGGGGCCUGGUUUCCAUGGUAAUGUGGUCUCCAGCCCCCACUCAAGCAGUGCAGCAACCACUCCAGGGAGCCCCAGUCUAGGCCGGCACCCUGGGGUCCACCAGGGCAACCUGACCUCCAGUCUCCAUGGCAACGCAAUGGGAAGCCCUGGAAGCCCCAGCCUGGGCCGGCACCUGGGAGGGUCUGGAUCUGUGGUUCCUGGCAGCCCCAGCUUGGACCGGCAUGUGGCCUAUGGUGGUUACUCUACGCCUGAAGAUGGGAGACCCACGCUGUCCCGGCAAAGCAGUGCGUCCGGCUACCAAGCUCCUGCCACGCCCUCUUUCCCCGUCUCCCCUGCCUACUACCCAGGCCUGAGCAGCCCUGCCACCUCCCCGUCACCGGACUCUGCAGCCUUCCGGCAAGGGAGCCCCACUCCGGCCUUGCCAGAGAAGCGGAGGAUGUCAGUAGGGGACCGAGCUGGCAGCCUCCCCAACUAUGCCACCAUCAAUGGCAAGGUGUCAUCCUCGCCUGUGGCCAGCGGCAUGUCCAGCCCCAGCGGCAGCAGCACUGUGUCGUUCUCCCACACUCUGCCCGACUUCUCCAAGUACUCCAUGCCAGACAACAGCCCCGAGACACGAGCCAAAGUGAAGUUUGUCCAGGACACUUCCAAAUACUGGUACAAACCUGACAUCUCCAGAGAACAGGCCAUCGCACUUCUUAAGGAUCAGGAGCCAGGGACCUUCAUCAUCCGUGACAGUCACUCCUUCCGGGGGGCCUAUGGGCUGGCCAUGAAGGUAUCUUCCCCACCUCCAACCAUCGUGCAACAGAACAAGAAAGGGGACAUGACCCACGAGCUGGUGAGGCAUUUCCUGAUAGAGACCGGCCCCAGAGGAGUCAAGCUCAAGGGAUGUCCCAAUGAGCCGAACUUUGGAUCUCUGUCUGCUCUGGUUUAUCAGCACUCCAUCAUCCCACUGGCUCUACCCUGCAAGCUGGUCAUUCCAAACCGAGACCCCACAGAUGAAUCAAAAGAUAGCUCUGGUCCCGCCAACUCAACCUCUGACCUGCUAAAGCAAGGAGCUGCCUGCAAUGUGCUCUUCGUCAACUCUGUGGACAUGGAGUCCCUCACAGGACCACAGGCUAUUUCCAAAGCCACAUCUGAGACGUUGGCUGCUGACCCCACGCCAGCUGCCACCAUUGUUCACUUCAAGGUGUCUGCCCAGGGAAUCACACUGACUGACAACCAGAGAAAGCUCUUCUUCCGACGACACUAUCCCCUCAACACUGUCACCUUCUGUGACCUGGAUCCACAGGAAAGAAAGUGGAUGAAAACCGAGGGUGGUGCCCCUGCUAAGCUCUUCGGCUUUGUGGCCCGGAAACAGGGCAGCAGCACGGACAACGCUUGCCACCUCUUCGCUGAGCUUGACCCCAACCAGCCAGCCUCUGCCAUUGUCAACUUUGUCUCCAAGGUCAUGCUGAAUGCCGGCCAGAAGAGAUGAGCUCCCCAGCCCAUGCCCAGGGCCAGGGCAGUUGGGGCUGGGGUGUGUGGGGAGGGAGCAAACCCACGAAUCCUGACCACCCUGGAAUCCAGAAGGAGGACUUUGGGCUGAUUUUGGAGAAGGAGAGAAGAAAGUGCAACAUGGGGAGAGGGAAGUGAAUCGCAGAGAGAGGGGAGGAUAGAGAAAGCAAAAGACCGAGGAGAAGAACUCGCAUUUCCCUGGGGAGAUGAAGACUGCCAAUCUCCCGUGCCUCCCAGAUGGUGGGACCAGGGCCCCCAGCUGCACACCUGCCACUCACCCUGCUUUCCAAGAAUGGAGCUCCACCUGGAGCCUGCCAGCCUCCUUCAGAAUCCGCCUCCAGGGGAGUGAAGUCUCCCAUCCCUCACUCAACAGCUCUGCAAGGAGAGAAAAAUCUUACUCUUCCCUGGCCACCUGUAGGGUGGGUUGCUGAUCCAGACCCACCAGAGGUGGCAGAACUUUUUCACUGACAAGUGUCUUGGACCCAAGGCCUUGUGGCCCCUCUGUUGUGCCUCUGACACAUUGUGUGGGUGCUCAGGUGUCUGCAGUCACACAUCCUCACCUCUUGGCCUAGAGUUGCCUGCAGCAGCUGGAACCCAUGUCUGUCUCACGUGUUUGCAUGCAUACAUGCGUGCUGUCCAAAGAAAUUUAGGGCCUUAGCGUAACCAGGCAGUGGGGAGGGGACACAGUUGUCCUUAGUAGGAGCACCCAAGGGUGCUUCCUGCCCUCUGCUGGCCCUGGGUGCCGCCAGUCCUUUCUCCCUUGUUUCCCCGCUGGGAGCUGGAGCUUUGGAGAGAGUGAACAUAUGUGUAGCUGUGCUGUGGCCUUGGGGAAGGCUGUCUGGAAGGGCUCAGCUGAGCUGCAUGCAUUUUUUUUUUUUUUUUGAGCUGCAUGCAUUCUUGCUGAGUUUGCGGCUCACAGUGAGGUGGGCAGGUCACUGCUACCUGUGCCCAGCACCCUGCCUUAGCUCCCCACAUCAGCCCCAUCCUUGGGCUUCAUGCCCAGAACUGGCCUUAUCUCUGACUUGCUUCUUUGCAUGAUGCCCUUUAGGGGCUGGCUGUGGGUUGAACUUCUCUGCCUUGCCCUGUUCUGCCCCUGUGUGGGGCUCUCUGCUGCCCAAGGCCCUGCUUGGCCAGGCUCCCCUGGGGAGAAGCCUGCAGACUUUGCUCUCCCCUCUGUCAUUAUGGUGGAGCCUGCUUCUAUCUGGGGUGCCGUGAGCACCCUGCAUGGCCUGCCUGUAACACCAAAGCCUUGCCAUGGAGCCACGCUGCCCAAGGAACAGGGGCAGAAGGCGUGCAUUGGGGCCCUGAGAGCCCGAGGUCCACCUCUAAUAGAAGCUCACCAGGACUCCAUUUUUAAGCCUGUGGUGUCCUUGAGAGUGAGGCAUCGACUGAUAUAUAAAUAUAUAUAAUAUAUAUGUGAGACAUACUAACAGAUCUGUAAGCUAAUAAAAUAUAAGAAAAGAUUAAAAAAAAGAGAGAGAAAAUAGGUAAAUUUCCCGGAAGUAUUUAUUAUCCCCUACACUGCUAUUUUUUUUUUUCUUUUGGCCUUUCUGGUCAUGAACCAACUCCAGUCCCUUUGAAUCUGUUAAGUCAUGAGACCUGGGAGGCCGUGCUCCUUGGGCCAGUCGCGGUUUUCCUUGCCCGGGCCUUGGUCUCCCACAGGCUCUCUCUGGAGCCCAGUGGUCAGUUGCCAGGGUGUGGUGGGGAGAGCUUCCCCCAUCCCCAUGGCCUCUGUGAGCAUGAGAAUGGCAGGGGAGGGGCAUGGGUGCAUGUGGCAGAUGCGGAAAAGGACGUGUGUGUAUCUCAAAUUUCUCCUCCUCCAGGGAGCUGUACCUGUGUGGACGUUGUGUUUUAAGGAGCUGGAGAGUGUCUGAAAUGGGUGGGGGUGGGAUGACCCCACUUCCCCAACAGUGAGGUCCCCCCAAAGUGUUCUUCCUUCUGAGAUGUUCCACCCCAAUGCCCUGCUUGGCCCUUCCCCUCAUCCCCUCCCUAGUCACCUUGUAAAUAUCUUCAUAUUGUCUGCUGCCAGGUGGCCUGUUCAGCUGGAGGCUGCCUGGCAUCCACACCUGGCCCCUGGGAUCUGAAGGUGGGCUCUGCCAUUGCACCUGUUUUCCCACCUCUUCACUGCCCCACCAGCAACCACCCACCCCUGCCACUGUGGGGGCCUGAGCUGCGAGGGAGGGCCCCCAAACCUGCCUUGGCUUGGCCAGGAAAGCCACUGGGAAGGGGACCCCAGCUCAGAGCAGCCUCACCACACAUUUGGGCCUGGCAUCCCUCACCUCAGAGGUGAGCCCAGGGGACACAGAUGCACACACGUAUGGGUACACAUGCCACCACGCAGCACCACAGUCUGUUCUUGCCAAAGAUUUCCUCAAAAAGAAAGCACUUUGUACUGAUUGUUAGUACUUUGUAAAAAUGUGUAAGUUGUUCUUCCCUGCAUGUGUGUUGCUAUUGUUGAAUUUUGUUUGUCAAUUAUGGAACUUGGCUUGGGCCGGAAGGGGUGGCAGAGACCCUGCCAAGUAAGCCCUGUCUCCCCAAGCUGCUCUCGUGUGUCCAGAGGGAGGAGGUGAUCCUAGAGGAAAGUGGGGAAGAAAUGAGCUAUAAUGGGGGCAGAGGGAUAGGGUGACUAAGAUGUUCCCACACGCCACAUGGCAUCCUGGCUCCUUUCUCCACACAGAAUUGGGAGGUCAGAGACCUCAAGUGCUUGGUUUGGGAUGGGCCUUCUCUCCCAUCUCAUCCAAGUCUGGAAAAGCUGGGACUUGUGCCUGAGCAGUUGCUGGGUGUGUCAAGGACUAGCAAGCAUGACAGCGAUGGGCCCAAUAGAGGCUUUUGGGAGACAGGAAGACAGGAUGUUCUUACACCUCACCCUGCUGGACCAGAGUGGUGAGCGGGGGCUCCUCGUGUCCCCCGGGGGUGCAGAGGGCUCAGGGAACGUGAGCAGCAUCUUCCCUCCCACUGGGCUCUCUUCUUCUUCCUAGGUCUUCUGCCCGUUAUUGGUUUUGCCCCAAUUUCAGCACCUGGGGAGAUCACAUGGGCAAUGCCUCAGCCACAGGAGGCAGCUGCCACCCAGCCCAUCCUACACUUUGGGUAACUGAAGUGGUGGAGGCCCACCUCUUGCUUCAAGACCAGGUCCCACAGCACUGAGACCCUGGAUCGAUGGGAACCUAGGAUGUGUGUGUGUGCAAGUGUGGAUGUGUCUGUGUAUUUUGCUCACCCCUUUAGGGAACUUGGCAGUGGGGGGGUCACAGGUGAUGAGGAAUUGGAUGGUCAAGUUCAAUAUCCCAGGGCCAAGAAAGGGAAAGGGAGGCCGGGCCUGUAGGACAGGUGUUAGGCCCAAGGCUUCAUGAGGCUUGGACGCCUGUGCUCUUCUCUAGCCCCUCUUCUUCAGAUGUCUACAUUGUUGCCUGUAAUGGGUUUUUGUGGGAGGAUGCCCCAAGUUUGGUUUCUUAAUCAGUGUUCACAUGGUUUGACACUCGCCUGUGUGCCCAUACUGGGUUCGUAUGUGUGUGUGAGAACGCAGGAGAGUGAGUACAUGUGGCUGAGCUUGUGUCUCCUCAUUCUUCCUCCUCCCUUCUGAACACCAUUCAAAACAAAUAUAAGAUUCCUUACCUCCCCCCUUCCCCUCUGCAGGAGAAUCAGAAGCCCCGCCCCCAGCUGUGUAUUUAUAUAGAUGGAAAUAUAUAUUUUGUAUCAUCAUGCCUAUAGCCUCUGCCACCUUGUAUAAACCCUCAGCCUGUGCUAUCUGACCCAGAUAUGAAUGUAUGUUCACUGAGGCUGUCCCCACUCCUGUACAGCGGCUCGUUUUCUUCGCGAUCCAUUGUAUGGCUUUAUAAAUGAUAAAGUUGAAGAAA